AUUAAUGUGUAAAACACUGGCGUAAUAAGUGUAAAAUCACUAAAUUGUAAAAUAUGAUAAAUAAGAAUUAAGAGAUUAAAUCGCCAAUAGUCAAUAAAACACAUUUUCAAUAAAUCAUAAUUCAAAUAUUUUAUUGUUUAGAUGUAUAAAUGACUACAAAUCGUGAGGAAACAGACCUGUAUGAGAUUUUAGGCUGUGAUGAACUGUCAAGCCAGGAGCAAAUCAUAGCUGAGUAUAAAAUCAGAGCAAGAGCUCUACAUCCGGAUAAAAUUCCUGAAAGUGGGAAUAGGGAUGCAACAGAGAAAUUUAUUACAUUGACAAAAGCAAAAGAAAUUUUAUGUGAUGACCAAAAAAGAAAGUAUUAUGACAAUUGGAGGCAUUCUGGGUUAGAUGUAUCCUUUGAUUUUUGGCUUUCUAAGUUAAAAUCAAAUCAUAUGACCAUGCAUUGGGCUCAAGAACCUCAUAAACAACACAUGAUUGGACCUGAUCAUAAUGAAGAAAAGAAAUCCAGUAUUACUGGAGAUGAAAAUAUUGAAAAAAUGGCAUGGAGGAAAAGUUCCAUUGAAGGAAGGUCUCAACUAAGGAAAUUUCGAAAUUACAAGUCAUAAAACUCAGAAAAUUGAACAAUUGUAUUGAAUCAUCAAUAAUUGCAGUCAGUAGAGAAGCUUAAAUAAUUGUUCUCACUAUACUGUAUUUCGUAUUGUAGCCUUUCAUUAGCACCAACGACACCAAUGACUGCCAAGUUUUUUUCCCAAAUAGCCUAAUAUAUAUUUUCCACAGUA